CGUCCCUGUGAGUUUCAGUUCGCGUCUGUUGUGCUGAGUUGUUUGAGAGCUGGGCGAGCUGCGGACUGAAGGCUCGUCCCUCUGAGGCCGGUGUUUGUGGAGAAGCAGAGAGAGACACUGUUCUGCAUUCACAGCGGCUGGCAGCUCAACUUCCUUCCUGCGUUUUUUCUUUGUACGUUAAACCAAACGUAGCCGAGCGCUCGAAGCGAACUGCAGAGGAGCACAACGACACAUCUGCCUUAUAACACCGGACCUGGAGCGAGUAUAACCUCACCAAGUUCGCAGUAAAGACUCGAAGUACGGCGCUCAGACUGAGACGUGGGUUUGUGUUUAUUUACGAAAGGGAGAGUGACUGACGGUUACUGACCAGACGCUCCACGCUGGUCAAAAACACGCUUCCCCGGGUUCAUGUACCGGCAGGGAAUACAAUGACUGAAUGAAGCACACCGGCUUGUGUCGCUAUCCAAGUCCACUUUCCAAGACCCCGACUUCAUGAUGGUUGGCUGCAGAGGCCAGUGCAGUGUCGAUGACUAGGCCUAAAUGGGAGCACUUAUGGACAGAGCCAGCCUGCUACUAUGGCUGCUUAUGCCCUGAACAGCCUGAUCAUGAUGAACCCCAAUAACUUGACUGAUAAGAGCAGCCCACGGACUGGGAGGCCUGUGCUGCCGGUGCCGGACCGCACCACUUACUGCCCACUGCUGGGCAGCAGCCCCUGCAGCCCUAGUAGCUUGAGCCCUGGCUCUUCUGGAACGGCUUUUGUCUUUCCCCCGGUGGCGACUACCACCAGCAGCACAAGGGCACGCUCGCCCUGCCGCCCGCCUGACCUGCUGGGGGUGAACGUGGGGACCCGGGUGCGGCGACUGAGUGGGUCCAGUCCAGAGGAUGACCAGGAGGAGGUGGGGCGGCGCGCCGCUCAGCAGCUCCAGCGCAGCCGUGAGCUGCAGAACGUGGAAGUGAACAAGAAGGUGAACUUGUUUGAGGCACAUAUAUCUGCCAGUGCUCAGAGCAGGGAGCUCCAAUGGAGCCCACGGCUUCCGAGGCAGUCCAGCCCAAAUCGUGGCCCUCUGCCUCAGCCAGACAAGCUGUGCCCUGUCCCUGUCUUGGGGAACCUUCCGGACGCACAGAGCAGGGACCACCUUACAGGGAUCCCCAAGGAGCUGCAGAAUGGGAAAAACUGUCGUGAGCCAGAGGGACACGUAGAGGAGAACGACACGGGCUACCCAAACACGAAAGAGGGCGGCCCGCAGGGGAGCAAAUCAGAGGGAACUUGGAGCGGAUUUGACAGCCCUGUCAGCAACCUCUCCAGCACCUCGCAAGAGGUUAGCAAUGACUUGGCCACCUCUGAGCAAUUGGAGACAUGGACUGAGACGUGCUUGACGGAGGCCGGGGCUGAGCCAGCGGAAGCACUGCCUCAGGCUGAGGUGGAGGGCAGCUGCCUGGAGGUGUCCGCAAUCCCUGCAGUCAUAGUGACGGACCACGGCAUGGAGGCUGGCGGGGAGGGCCAGGAGCCUGAGGUCAGCCCGCGGAUCUCCCGAGCCCAGCGGAAACUCUCCUCCUCGUCGGCCUCCUCCACAGGUUUCUCCUCCUCCUGGGAGGAAUCGGAGGACGACAUCUCCAGUGACCCGGAGCGCACGCCAGCCUUCUUGCAGACUCAGCAGAAAGCGCACAAAUCAUGGAAGAAGAUCAAGAACAUGGUGCACUGGUCCCCUUUUGUGAUGUCCUUCAAGAAAAAAUACCCAUGGAUCCAGCUGGCAGGCCAUGCAGGCAGUUUCAAGGCAGGAGCCAACGGCCGCAUCCUGAAAAAGCACUGUGAGUGUGAACAGCGCUGUUUGGACUGGCUGAUGAAGGAUGUUCUCAGGCCGUAUGUACCAGCGUACCACGGUGAUGUGGAGAAGGAUGGAGAGAAGUACAACCAGAUGGACGACCUGCUGGCCGAGUUUGACAUGCCCUGUGUCAUGGACUGCAAGAUGGGUGUGAGGACGUAUCUGGAAGAAGAGUUGACAAAAGCCAGGAAGAAGCCAAGCCUGAGGGGCGAUAUGUACCUGAAGAUGACCGAGGUGGACCCAGAUGCACCGACAGCAGAGGAAAAAGAGCAGAAAGCGGUCACAAAACCUCGAUACAUGCAGUGGAGGGAGACCAUCAGCUCCACAGCCACGCUGGGCUUUCGCAUUGAGGGCAUCAAGAAGGAAGACGGGACAGUAAACAGAGACUUUAAAAAGACCAAGAGUCGUGAGCAGGUGACAGAGGCCUUCCAUGACUUUGUCAAAGGAAACAUGAAUAUCCUGAAUUCCUAUCUCACCCGACUAAAGGAACUCAGGGACACUCUGGAAAUCUCCCCGUUUUUCAAGACACACGAGGUGAUUGGCAGUUCUCUCCUCUUCGUCCACGACAAACAGGAGCAGGCGAAGGUGUGGAUGAUAGACUUUGGAAAGACCACUCCGCUUCCCGAGGGCCAGAAGCUGAGCCACCGGGCCACAUGGGUGGAGGGCAACCGCGAGGACGGCUACCUCUGGGGCCUGGACCAUCUCAUAGACAUUAUAAGCCACAUGGUGGCACCAAAGCCUCUUUAGAGAGAAAAUGUCACCCCCACAUCUCUCUCUCUCUCUCUCUCUCUCUCUCCCCCUCUCUCUCUCUCUAUACUCCCCCUGGGUGGAUUGCCCGCACUACAGUACAGGACCUGCCUGGGUUACCAUAGAAAGCUACCCCAAUGACCUUCCCCCCUAAACGAAACGGCAGCCACGUGUGAUGUAUGUGUGUGUAUGUAUGUAUGUAAAGAUAUAGAUACUGUACAUAUAGUGUAUAGAGUGUACAGUAGGAGGUGUUCUGAAUGGGUUCUCUGCAGCUAGUGCUUUGUCGACGCAUGUUUGAAUGUCACAUUCCUCUUUUUCACCCUUUAAUGUGAUGUUUGUACGAUGCUAUAGUGUUAUAGUGUAAAGCACUCGUGCCUUUUCCUCACUGACGCCAGUCAGGUUUCUGAGUAAGACGUUCCCAAACCUCUUCCUCAGGUACAGUAUUGUGCAAACGUCAGAGACCGCCCUUCAAUUAUUUAGCCUCCAGUCAAAACAACCACUACAAGUUAUUUUUCAGCACCAGAAAAAUAAAACAGGAAAAUUACAGAGAAGCUUCAACAACUAAAUAUAAGAUUUUUUUUCCAGUAUUUAGUGUCCACACUUUGCCUUCAUUACUGCUUCCCUUUUUCCUUGCUUUCAGUUUUGAAAGAAAUCUGCAUGGAUAUUUUCCCUCACCUGCAAAGUUCAGUCUUAGAAGUUGGUUGCAUUUUUAGCUUCUUGCAAUUUAAACAAUCCCAAACACAUUUGGUGAUGUUGAGGUCUGGACUCUGGGGUGGUCGGUCCGUUGUUCUGAGAACACCAACAGCUUCCAGGUUUUGUUUUCAGACAUUCUUCCUUUUUUGUCUUUUUCUCUGAUGGUUACAGUUUCAGUGGUCUGACAGGUCUGUUGGUAGGAGAUGCGUUUUCAGUAUUUAUCAUCUUUUAAUAGCUUUUUAGAAAACUUGUUUUUUCACUUUUUCCUUUGACUUCUCCACUCCUUAUCAGACGGGAUUAUCUUCCGCCUAAUCUCCUCAGAAAUAUCAAAUUAACUUGAAUGUAAUGACUGUUUUGACUGGAAAUUAAAUAUAUAGUGUCUGACUUUUAUACAGUACUGGAUCAGAAAAGAGGACAUCGGAUUAAGGUUUCUCAUUAUUAGCCUGAGGCUCCCAUCAUUCCUGAAAUCAUUCCAAAAUUGAGCACACAGUUGUUUUAGCUGAGCUUUAUUUGCGCUCAUACUAGUCUUAACUUUGAGGUCCACAUGUAGGUUUUUAUUCAAAUGGUUGUGGUUUAAUUUGGGACAUUUUAGUGAUAUUUUAUUUGAUGAUUUGGUGAUUUUUGCUAUACUGUAGUUCUUACCUGGGCGUAAUAACUGACCAUUAUCGUAGUGUUAAUGAUGUGCCUACAGUCAUUUAAUCUGAACGCCUUUUGUAGAACAAUAGACAGCGAAGUCAGACGGCUGCAUUUAGCUGUGCGUAGGAUUUGGACUGUGGUCUCAUUGCUAGCCUGGUUUCUACAAUUAACGUUGCUUUAAUCAAAUGGCUGAGGCAAGAGGUGAGAGCCUGAACAGCUCCGCCAGACAACGAGUUCAGGGUCAACGUGUAAUGCAUUAGUACACGUCUCAGAGCGAGAGCGCUGAGCUAGGAUCACCUCCCACUGCCUCUCUCUCAAAAAGCAGCUUCAAACCAAGUGCGAAACAGUCUAACCUUACAAACUCAGUGCCUUUGAGCUUCUGACUGUUGAGCUGUUACUAAACCCACACAGCGUGUUUAUAUAGUGUCUUCAGCUCUACUGUGUCUUAAAAUAUAAUAACUGCUGACCAAAAGUGUGUCCACUUAGCUGGCGCCAAUACACGUAAACCCUUAAAAAAAGGGUGUCAAACUGGAUUCUUUUCGGUCCACAGCUCUGCAGAGAUUAGCAUUUUCCUUCUUCUGACACUCCGAAUUCAACUCACAAAGGCCUCGCUAAUUAGCUCAUUAGCAGAAUCAGGUAUGUUGGUGCAGAGCACUGAACUCUGCAGAGCUGUGACCUGGAAGGAACACAGUUUGACACCCCUGCCUUACAUACUGGCCAAAUAACUUGUUGGAAACACGAUUAAAGCUGUGUUUUUUGAGUUUAGUCUUGGAGGAAGUUCUAUAUGUAUUGCACAGUUUUGUACUUUUGGGAAUUCUUUCAAUUUUUCAGUUUUUUUUCCAGAAAUAAUUCAGGCACUGAGAAAUAAACAAAGUAGUUCAGGGAGUAACAAUAUGAAAUUGUGCACUGUAGAGUAACUUAAGAUUUUCUUUACAGUGGUGGUGAUAGGAACCAGGGGUCACAGUGUCCACAAUGCACACAGCCAUUUAAUUUACUAUCUAAAAUAACUUAUUUUUUACAUAGUAUAAGGUUUUUUGUUGGGGAUUAUUUUGCCUUCAGACACCCUGGCUAGGAGGCCUUUCUGCCAUGAAUAGAUUUUUUACAAUAUGUUUUAGGCCAAAAUUUUUAUGUGAAUUAGCUUUUAGAUGCAUUAGACACUUCGGACAUCUGGUUCCUAUCACUGCUACUGUGAAGUUCUGACUCAUUAUGUUUUUUCUAGAGUGAUGCAUUUCACAUCAAACCAUUCAGUCUUUGUUUACAACUUAACGAUUUAGUUAUGCUGAAUUUUUUAAAAUUGAUUUAUACUAACCUAGCUGGUUAGUGAACCUCAAGUUCUUGAGUUAAAGGGGUAGGCCACCAAUUUUUAAAAAUUGACAUAAUUCAGUCGUUCAGGUAAUAAAGUCAUUCAUAGUGGUUUAAUAUGAAAUGGUUCAUUGUAGAGAAAUGUACCGACUCAUUUCUUUACAGUGGUGGUGAGAGGAUCCAGGGGUUGCCUACAACACAAAUAUAGCCAUUUUAUUUACUAUUAAAACCAACAGGGAACCUACAUGUUUUUCCUUUACAAUGCAAUAUAUUUUAGGCCAAACUCUUCUAAAAAGUGCAGCUAAACAAUGUCUCAGUCAUCAGGCAGCCCAUUCCUAACCAUUUCAUGCUUUAUCUUUCAGUGAGGGAGCUUUCAGCGGCAUUAAACUCUUCAGACGUCUGGUUCCUAUUGGAAUUAUUUUAUUAAGAAUUUGUUGGCACCCCUUUAAAUCAGCCGUAGAGCAGAGACAGCACAAAACUGUGCGGUGCUGCUGGGACCUCCAGGAUUGAAGUCAGGAAACACAGUAACUCAGACCUUCAUUCUAGAGAUCUGGGCUGCGUUCAGGUGUCAGGGUGUGGAAAAAAAUGAGUCAUGACUUUCUGAAGCUUAUUUCGAGGCGAGGUAAAAGGUAUUUGCAUGGCCAUUUGCUAUGCAAAUCCACCACUCCUGCGUACUCAGCCGGGCCAAAUAGUCGGACACGAGCCAAGGAAAACCAAAGGCGGCGAUAAAAGCUAAUUUGUGGGCGAGAAUGGCUGCGGCCCGCUGACAGAAGGCCGAGUUCAGCAGCUGAUGGGCCGUGGCUGAUGUAAACUAGGGCGAGAGGGGCCUGCAGUCUUUCCCUCAGAGUCCAGCGGUGUAAACAUUCGACGUCACCUGGAUUUUUCCUCAUUAAGCUCAUUAGCAGUCGAGGUUAAAAGCAACCUGUUCUUAUUCAGGAACUGAAAGGGCGGACAGUGGGCAGAUCCCCCCCUCUGUGCUCACCAGUUCCCAAAAUCUUAGACCAAAGGCAGAGGUAGACAAAAAGUCACUUGUUUCACUCGUGCCUUGUUCUCUUUCGUUUCUGAAAAUGUGUGAACCAGUGAUCUAUGCAGCACAGAGAGAGUUAAAAAGCCUUAAUUUUAAAGAUACCGACCACGAGGUGAAUGUUAGGAGGGACCAAAGCAUGCAUGUCUGAAAGAUUCCCUCUUUAAAAACACAGCUGAUGUACCCAAAAGUCCUAAAGUAGAAGUUAUAGCUGAUUCCAGAUCUGGUCUCUGGGGCUCCAGACUGAGUGCCUACUGUAGCUGAGGUGUAGGAGUGGGGCGCCCCCUGCUGGAAUGGUGCUGUACUGUGUAGAACAAAAAAGACUCGACCAAUCUUCUGCUCGGUGUGUCUUAAAAAACUUCGAUUAAUCGUGUUUGUGUGAAGUGAACAUGUGUGAAAGAUGUCAAGGGUGUCAUACACAUACUCAUAUUUAUUGUCUGUGACAUUUUGCACAAGAACACUAAAUGUAGCUGCAUGUUUCCUACCUUUCGUUGUGGUUAGCUGCACAUUUUCCUCGACUUGAUAGUCUAGCAGCUCACUGUAUUUUUGGCUUGAUAAAAAGGUGCAGUUUUUUUUUAGAGGAGUUAUGCUCUGCACAAGGAGAGAAACCCGAGGUGGCCAUUUGGUAAUAUCUCGCAUUAGUCAUUAGGCUUGGUUUCAGUUUGUGGAUUAUGUCAAAACAAAGACAAUAACAACAUGAUACUGUUAAUACUCAAUAUGAAUGGCUGCAUUGUGUAACUGCUCUUCCCAGCUUCUCAGUUCAAGGGACAUUGAAGGUCUUUUUUCCAAACCUGCUCUUAUGCUGUAAACAGCGCUACGUUCGCCAUGUCAAUCCUGCUUUGCUGUACAAUUUUAUGGAAGUAAAUGAACAAUUGGUCAAAUGCU